AUGAAGCUGGUCGACUUGGCGGUGGCGGGCGUCAAGGCCGAACGCCUCCGCUGGCUGCAUGGCUCGGCCGCGCUUUCUAGCGGCUCGCACGUGCUCUACUGGAUGCAGACGUCGCUGCGCACCCGCUACAACUACGCACUGCACGUGGCCAUGGCCGCGGCCACCACCCUCCAGAAGCCGCUGUACGUGCUCUACACGUUAGACACGCACGAGGCUGGCAUGUCGGAGCGCCACAUGGCGUUUCUCCUCGAAAGUCUCUACGACGUCAACAAGUCGCUUCAGCAGACGCACCACGUCCCGUUUAGCGCCGUCCACUGCGCCUCGGGCUCAAGCGGCCCGCUCGACGUGGUCCUUGCCGCGAGCCGCAACGCAUCGCUCGUCGUGACCGAGCUCCAGUACCUCCGGUCGGGACGCAAGCUCUGCACGACGUUUGGCGAGCAGGCCACUGCGCCGGUCGUCCAGGUCGAGAGCGACGUGGUCGUGCCCGUUGAAGUCGCGAGCAACAAGGAAGAGUACGCUGCGCGCACGCUUCGCCCCAAGAUCACCAAGCACCUGCCGACGUACAUUGUAUCACUGCCGUCGAUUGCAUAUGCGCCGCCGUCGCCGGCCCCAAAAUCCUUGCAGGAGCUUCAAGCGCUUUCGCUGUCAACCCACGACACGUGGCUCGACCUGACCGAUGCGUCGGCCGUCGACACGCUCCUCGCCACGGCCAAGGACGUCGACCGCAGCAUCCCGCGCGUCUCGACAUUUCUCGGUGGCGAGACGUCGGCGCAGUCGGUGCUAACCACGUUUUUGAGCCAGAAGCUGCUCAAGUACGGCACCGAGCGCAACGAGCCGAGCGGAAAUGGCGCGAGCAACCUCUCGCCGUACUUGCACUAUGGCAACAUCUCGCCGGUCGACAUUGCGCUGCAGGUAAAUGCGACCGAAGGCCGUGGGCCCGCGAUGGCCGCCUCCAAAGCGUCGUUUCUGGAAGAGCUCAUUGUACGUCGCGAGCUCUCAAUGAACUUCGUGUGGUUCAACCCGCGCCACUACGACUCGAUCAAGAGCCUGCCGCCGUUCGCAACCGAGACGCUUGCGAUCCACGCUGACGACGCGCGGGCCACCAUCUACUCGGAAGCGCAGCUCGACACAGCGAUGACGCACGACGCGUAUUGGAAUGCCGCGCAACUCGACAUGAUUGUCAACGGCAAGAUGCAAAACUACAUGCGAAUGUACUGGGGCAAGAAGAUUCUCGAGUGGACGGCGUCGCCGGAAGAAGCCUACGAGAUUUGCAUUCGGCUCAACGACAAGUACAACCUCGACGGGUACGAUCCCAACUCGUAUACGGGGAUUGCGUGGGUCUUUGGGAAGCACGACACGGGCUGGGCCGAGCGCGCGAUCUUUGGCAAGGUCCGCUACAUGAAUGCGGACGGACUCAAGCGCAAGUACGACAUGCAAGCGUACGUCAACAUGAUUCGACACCAAUGUGCCGCGGCCAAGAUGACGCUGCAGCCCAAGCAGUUGGCGCUCGAAUGCACAAAACCCAAGGCCAAGCGGCAGAAGAAGGCCUAGUCGCUCUAGAAACCAUUAUCACAUAGGUUUAGGUUUUAGGUCAUAUUACUUGAAACGAGUCUUGAUCCCUUCACGUCGAGUCGACAAAACAUCGACUAUGAUGUGUUCAG